UUUCUUGCUACUUUCCCCUCAUUCAUUCUUUUUUAGAAAUAAAACAUGGAAUCACACACUAUUGAUCUUUAUCCUGAAGUAGGCCCUAUUCAUAUGGCUUUGUUCGACAAAGUUACCAAUGCUACACAACUACGUCAACGAUUAUUACAACAAGAUACCACUUUGAUGUGUGCCCUGGUUGAUGCCACUAUAGUCUUCAAUCGACUACACGCUUUGUUAGCUGUCAAUCGUGCUAUUCAUGACUUGCAAAGGAAUCAAUUGAAAACACAUAAUAUUCACUCUGAAAUUGUGUUUGAUUUUUCGUCCUCAGUCAACAUCGCACAAUCUUUAAGACGAUAUGGUAUUAAUGAUCAAUCACAACAAUUACUGGUGAUCAAAGUGGGCGGGUCCAGUUCCGAGGUGGAAUCAUUCAUGCGUGAGAACAUUCAAGGGGAACUUGUAUCACUGGAUUUGCUUGAUCAAUGGAGAGAUAUGAAGAAAAUACAAAAGUAUUAUCAACUGGGCAACCAAUCAGCAAAUAUGGACAAGGUGAUGUCUUUGAUUAGUGGAGCAAUAGCUUUGAAAGGCAUAUUAUAGUUAGUUUUGUUAGUAUAUUUCCACAUAGCUUUUUUUUUUAGAUUGUCCCCAUCCCAUUGAACACUUUUGUUAUUAUAUACUGACUACUUUACAUGUGAAAAUAAAAUAAAUAAAAAGAAUGAAUCCUGAUG